ACUUCAAAUUUUCCCCAGCCUCGAAUGGCCUCCGGGGAAGAAACAUUAUCACAGAAAAUGAUGACGGAAGUGAACGUAUUCCAUUGGAAAAUCCACAUGACAUCUCCUCUUCUUUACCACCAACGACUACUUCAAUGAGUACUGAUACUUCACAUAUCUCUCCCUUACCACGUCCAUUGCUAGCAGAACAAUUGAAAACACAACCUCGCAUAAAGGACCAUCUCAGCUCUAACCCCGAAACGUAUGCUCCAGCGGACCUCUUUGAACGUCUUCCUGGCGAGUCAAGCACUCUUCCAAAUACCACUCCAAGCCAGUCAAUAUCCAAGGAUACCAAGAUCGGCAAGGAAAGCAAUUCUCUAGACACUCCGGCUAGUCAAUUCUCUAGGCCUAUGCCGAGUAGCCCGCCGUCAAAAUCUGUCGAACCGAACUCAAAUUCAGACCGCGGAAUAUCUCCGCCCAGGCAGACAAGCAUCCAAGUCAGGAUCCCGGGCAAUAAAAUGUCCACGAAUGACUUCCCGGACGAGAUCUCAAUGCUUUCACGGCCGCGCAUUCGAAGGAAACGCCGCACAAAAACUAGCAUGGGUUUCACGCUGCCACCUCGUGAGAUGUCUGAUUCGGAAGACGAGGAUUUUGCGCCGAAGGCGGCUUCAAAAGACAAACCAAUCUUUAAUGAUGAUGACAAGGAUCAUAGCGAUGUCUUAGAGGCAGAUGAGCUGGAGGCAGACGGCUACGGUAUCAGGGAUAGCGGCCUCCCACGGGAGCAUUAUAGACCACGGCCUAGCCGGUCACGCGCAAGCAAGAUCGAGUUUGACUACCCAAUUGACUUUUCAAAGCGCCCAGAAGCCCAACUGAAGGCUCGGCGCCGAAAGAGCAGGGCUUCGGACAAAGAAAAUGAGGCGACAGAAGACGCCCAAUCUGGCAUUCAAUCGCUCCGUCCGGAAAAUGUGGGGGUCAAACAUGAUAUCAGGGAUCCUCAUCAGGAGGAUAUACUGGGUGAAAGGGUGACAGUCAAAAGCCAGAAUAGGCAAUCCGCUUCAGGGCCUUCGGCCAAGGGUGUGGAUGGGGUGGAUGGAGUGAACAAGGCUGACAAAAAGCGCCGAGUAUCAACCAAGCCGACGGCAGGGGUGGGUGAUGAGAUUGAUAAUGGAAAAUUAGGAGCGGCCCGAGACGGGCCGCGUAUGUCUGAAGAAAUGUUGGUGAAAGGAAAGAGACGGAAAUCCAAUCAGGAGGGCGAUAUUUCAGUUCAUGUACCUCGUGCUCCUACCCCUGUCACAGAUGCCGAAGCCGACAGGGGUAGAGAACAUGUCAAGGCUCGCUUUGCAAGCGAAGCGUCAAGCUACAAAGGCGCCGAUCAAAAUGCAAGCACGGCUCGACAUGGCCAGCUCGAUCAUGCAGGGUCUCCUGCAAGGUCGUACGAGAGCGUGACAUUAGAUCGAACAGAUUUCGACAUUACAGAUCGCCCUUUGGAUGACCCCUGCAAUGGCCUGGCGCGCCAAUCCAUCUCAUCCCUUGGCCAAGGAGAAGAUGAUGCUCCUAAUUCGGAAAAGAGUCCAAAACUAGACUUGGAUCUGAGUGAGCAGACUGAUCGCGAUCUUGCAAUUGAAUCGGCCACUGCCAAAGCCAAUGCGCGCCAAUCUAGGACCGUCUCCAAGCCAAAGGACAGGGUGCACUCACUUUCUAAUUCCACAUCUAGAUCUCGCUCCCGCCCAGGCGAUGAUCAGCCAGAAAAUUGGUCACGUCCUGCCUACAUGGAGAAGGACCAUGAGACUAUUCCGCCUAGCUCGAUCAAUAAUACACAUACUAUGACCAUCAGCAAUUCGACGGCUAAUUCAGCCAGGAAAACGCCACCGCCGGAGUUAGGACCGACAGUAUCAAAACGGAAGAAAAUGCCUCAACGAGCCGAGCCUUCUUUCAUCACCGCGGUUGAAAGUGCAGAACUAGCUGGUGAUUCUUAUGCAGAUGAACUAGGGCCUGCAGGAACCAAGGCUACUGAAAAGGAGAAGGUUCAAGACCAGCAGCAUGCCGCUGAACCCUCUGACACUGCCACCAGCGGGACAGGAUCCAAGGGUCCAAGUCAGCAUAGCCCCAUUCGCGGCAGCCAUGUCCCGUACCGCGUCGGCCUGAGUCGAAGAGCGCGUAUCCAGCCCUUGUUACGGGUUGUUCGAAAGCAGUAAUCCAGGCCUCCUUUUCGUUUUCUCUUCAUUCUUUAUUCCUUUUUCCUUUUUUUUUAUUUUUUAUUAUUUCUUUGUUUUUAAUUUCUUUGUAUUGUUUUUUUGUUUUCCUCUAGCAGCACACAUUGUCGCCUCACACAUUCAUGAGCAUUGCUGACCAUUAUCUAUCCAACUUUACCCGAAUAUCCCUCUGUUGCCAACCAAUUGGAAAAUCCCAAUAGGAAAUUGCCUGAAGCGCUUGAGCAAUGGUUUUAUUUUCUCUUUCCCUUUCACUUGUUGUUUGAUGCUUCUCGGGGCAGAGCAUCGAUUCCACAUCUUCGCUAUGGAUAUAAAGAGCGCAUGGCAUAUGGCAUAUGGUCAAAUAGCACGUACUCCGCGAUAAACAUUGGCAUAGCGGAUCUUAGCUAGUAGAAACUAUGUAAUGAAUUAAAUGAGAAA